ACUGGCGAAAGAGCACGAAAGAAACUGAGAAGUUUUAUCAUUGACUAGAUUGAUGACAUGACAGGAAGUUACAGGUUACUUUAGCUGAAAGCCUCGAAGUAAUAGUUCCUCAUUUCUCCUCGCUGGCUUUGAACGCGUUUACAAACCUGGGCUUUCCUAGCUCUGGCGGAGUUCCCUGCAUACAACGGGAGAAUGAAUCACAUCUGCAGUGUUGCAGCGUGCCUGCAACUGCUGGUGUGCGUGUUCGCCUUAUCGCCAGUCCGAUUGUUCGUACUAGCUGCAGAGGACAUCGACGACCACGCUGAUGCCAGUUCAGGAGAGAUCGAGGCAGCGAGUAAUCCACCGGCGUGGCUGCCAGCAGUCAGUGUUCGUUUGCUCGAGCUGCUUGACAUACGGCUAGAGAACGGUUCCUAUGAGCUGCCACGCCUCAUGUACAGCUACGAGGCGCUGGAACCGUACAUGAGCGAGCGCACUGUGCGGGUACACCACACCGGACACCACGCGGCCUACACGAAAAAGAUGAACUCCAUCCUCAGUCGGAUGCCGAGUGCCGAUGCUGUUGUGGCGAGUAACCCGUUGCAGCAGCUCAUGAACCUGGAUGCGCUGCCGGAAGAUGUGCGUGAUGCGUUUCGCAACCAGGCGGGUGGCUUCGUCAAUCACGCCUUCACGUUCUUCGUGAUGGGACCAUUGGAUCAGUCUGUGGAGGUAGCGGAUCAAGGCCCAAGCGGAAAGAUUCUGGAUUUGAUCACGGAGUCUUUUGGUUCGACCGAUGCCAUGAAAGAGCAGUUUUCCGGAGCGGCAGCCAAGCUGUUUGGAUCCGGGUACGUGUGGCUGUGCUUAGAGAAUGUGGCGGGUGUUCGGCGGCUGACCAUCACGGAGAAUGCCAACCAGGACAGUCCGCUGAGCGGCGGGUUUCGGCCGGUGCUGGGAAUCGACCUGUGGGAGCAUGCGUACUACCUGCAGUACCAGAACAAGCGCGUCGACUACAUCGCCACCUGGUGGCAGCUGGUCAGCUGGGAGCGUGUCGGUCUGCUACUCGAUGCCUGGAUCGAGACGGAACCUGCAGACAGUACUGCUAGCAGUGUCGAGGAACAGGUGGGCACAACGCCGCCGGAUGAUACGCCGGAGACCCGUGAUGAGUUAUGACCGGCAUUGUGAGCCGGCCUGGCUAUGGCACGCCUGCAAGUGAAGACAAUGCCCCUGAUGUCACGGUCAAGGAAAGCCAUGCAAGCAUGUUGGACCGACAAGAGGCAUGCACAGUAGAGGGUGUGUAAUUGCUGCAGCCCUGAUACUGUGUGUGCCAACAAUCACCUGCUAUUGUGCCUCCGAGUUUGCUUCUUGCCUGUCGUGCUCGUGUUCGGCACAUGGUUGUCCUUGAGAUAAAGGGGAAAAAGCUUCAUCUGCUGUGGAGAUUGAUCUAGUAUGGAGUGGAUAUACUGCACCACAGGACAAGAUAACACAUCUGUGUGUUUAGAUGUCAUCGCAUUGUUUUAAAUGCAUUUGGUCAAUCAAAAUGAUAAAAUUCUUUCGAAAUCUCAAUGAUUCAGUUCUACAUAACAUAAUAUUAUACCAUCUUGAUCAAAGUUUGGGCACGAAUAGUGUGCUGUUCCAGUGAAACAUGCCUUGGCCAAUUGCAUAAGAUACCUUACAGAUGGA